CACCGGUGUCCAAGUCCGCUCACACAAAUUGGAACAUCUUGCAUGAAACAGGUGUACAAAUUAUUAGGUUUCAUUAAAAUUUAAAACAGACUUUGAAUUGCGCGACGCGAACGAUAACAAUCAAAUGCUGAAGGCGUUUAUUUUAGCGGCCGCAUUUGCGGUAGCUUUGGCAGAAAACUCUUACAUCGUUCUUACUCCUAAGAGUUUCCGACCUGGCGUCCCACUCAACAUUAGCGUCAACGUCCUGAAAGCGUCAGGCGACGUCAACGUUAAGGCAGAACUUUUCGACGACAGCGCGAAGGCCGUAAUAGCCUCUGCUCAUAAAUCCGUUACUCCCGGGUCUGUAACUUCAAUUCAGAUCAAUGUUCCGGACAACUUGCACAGCGGAUCCUACAAAAUCCAAGUACAAGGUUCCGGUCAUGGCCUACACUUCCAGAACGAGACCUCCAUCAACUACGAGAGCAAGAGCAUCUCGAUCUUUAUUCAGACGGACAAGGCCACCUACAAACCUGGGCAAACUAUCAAUUUCAGAGCCUUUGCUGUGUUCCCAAACUUGACUGUUUAUACUGGAAGCUAUGAUAUUGAAAUAUACGACCCCAACACGAACAAGAUCAAGCAAUGGCUCGGCGUGUCCGAUGCCAGCGGCGUCGUGACCAACUUUCUUGAAAUUGACACACAGCCGGUGCUCGGAGACUGGAAAGUGAAGGUUACAGCACAUGGACGAUCUACAGAGAAAAUAUUCGUCGUUGCUCAUUACGUGCUUCCAAAGUUUGAGGUCAAAGUCGAACUGGCUUCGUUUAUUCUUACUUCCGAUAACGCACUGCAUGGGAAGGUCAGCGCAAUUUAUACGUACGGUAAGCCGGUGCAGGGAACGGUCAACUUAAUUGUGAAGUUAAAGAACUGGUACCGCCCAUAUAACUACCAUGGUGACGAGCCACACGUGACGCAAGCACUGACUCUUUCGGUCGAUGGUACUGCCUCGUUUUCCAUCCCAUUGGACGCUAUAAAGACGAUGAACAGCUACUUGACUGGACAAACUUUGACGGUAGAGGCCAACGUAACGGAGAGCCUUAAUCACAUCACCUUAAGUGGAAACAACGAAGUGAAAUUUUAUGCCCGUGCUGAGAAAAUGGAGUUCCUGAAAUCUAACCCAAACACAUUCAAGCCUGGUCUGUCAUACACUGCAUAUCUACGCGUCUCACAGCAAGAUGACCAGCCCAUUCAGGGUGUUCGUCAAGAUGUGCGAGUAACAGUAACGUGCACGUACCAAGACAAGGGCGAGGCAACCACGCCCUAUCCCUGGUACCAGCCCCCACAACACAGCUACAGUCUUCCAGAGCAGACCUUUACAGUACCGGACAAUGGUAUUGUGCCGAUCCAGGUCGACAUUCCAGAAAACUCAACCAGCGUCAGUGUACAGGCAUUCUAUGGAAAGUCCGUAAAUGCUUACCUCAGUCUGAGCAAGAGUUACUCACCGAGUAAUAAUUACAUGCAGCUCUCCUUGAAAUCUUCUAACCUACGGGCCGGUCAAGUGGCAUCGUUUGAUGUUCGAUCAACUGAAACCAUUUCGACCUUGUUUGUCCAGGUCAUGUCACGUGGUAAUGUCGUCAUGGCUGGGACGGUUUCCGGAAGUACAUUUAGUAUUCAUGUUGACUCCAAGAUGGCCCCGAACGCUCGUAUCAUUGCUUACUACGUACGUGCUGACGGCGAGGUCGUCACUGACAGCAUUAGUUUCGAUGUAGAUGGCGCUUUCCAAAACCAGGUUGCUCUGUCGUUCGACAAGACCAAGGCUGCUCCCGGGGAUAACGUGAACGUUAUCGUCACAGCGGACCCCCAGUCACUCGUCAAUCUACUUGCCGUUGACCAGAGCGUCCUGCUGCUCCGAUCCGGAAAUGACGUAACACAGUCAGAGGUCAUCGACGAGUUGAAGUCGUACGACACAAUCAGCCAUGAUAGCAGCUCCUUCUGUUGCGACUUUAUGCCAAUGGCCAUGGUCGGGCGCCGCAAACGCAUGGUGUGGUGGCCGUACCCAAGAUACUUCGGAGGGUCUGAUGCACAGACCAUUUUUGACAACUCUGGUGUCAAGGUUUUGACCGACGCUAAUGUGUUCCACCACAACGAACCAAUGAUUUUGCGCCCGCAUUUUGGCGGUUUCCUUGGCGGUGGGGGAGGCGGUUUUCCGGCAGCAGUAAAUAGUUUUGGGACGGCUGCAGCUGGAUCAUCAUCCCCAGCACCCUUGCAAAUACCAGACCGUAUUCGCAAUGUCUUCCCAGAAACAUGGCUUUGGUCAAACUCUUCCACUGGAGCGGACGGCACAGUAACUAUUUCAACCACUGUACCUGAUACAAUCACAUCUUGGAUAGCAAGUGCAUUUGCAGUUCACUCCAAGUCAGGAUUGGGAAUCGCUUCCUCUCCAGCCAAGAUUGAGGCAUUCAAGCCUUUCUUCGUGAGCCUCAAUCUGCCGUACUCUGUUGUCCGAGGGGAGGAGCUCGCUCUUCAAGCAAACGUCUUUAACUACAUGUCACAGGAUAUGGAUGUACUGGUGACCUUGAAAGGUUCGUCUGACUUCAGGAGCAUGACAGUUGACGCUAACGGCCAAGUCAGUUACGGCACACAGACGCAGACGAAGACAGUCCACAUCCCUGCCGGGGAGGCCAAGUCCGUGUUUUUCCCGAUCGUUCCCGCCUCCCUGGGAAUUAUCCCCCUAACUGUGACCGCCCAGUCGGCUCUCGCAGCUGACGGGGUACAGAGGCAACUUCUUGUUGAGCCUGAAGGAGUCGCUAAGCAUUACAGCAACCCAAUUUUAGUAGACCUGAAGAACCAGACGACAUUCAGCCAGGUUGUUGACAUCUCUAUGCCUCAAACGGUCGUCGCCGGCUCGCAAAGAAUCGUCGUUACCGCAAUUGGUGACCUUCUUGGACCAACGGUAAACAAUCUCGACAAACUGCUUCAAAUGCCGACCGGAUGUGGCGAGCAGACGAUGCUUGGCUUCGCGCCAGAUGUCUUUGUAACUAACUACCUGACGGCAACCAACCAACUGACGGGAGAUAUCGAGGACAAGGCAAUCAGCUUUAUGGAGAAGGGGUAUCAACGUGAACUUACAUAUCAACACAAGGACGGCUCAUUCAGCGCAUUUGGUGAUCAGGACCCAUCUGGAAGCAUGUGGCUGACUGCAUUUGUUGCCAAGUCAUUCCAUCAGGCUAAGAAGCAAAUCUUCAUCGACGACGAGACACUGACUCGAGCCAUCGACUGGAUGAUCAACCGACAGAAAGCCGACGGCUCAUUCCCAGAGCCUGGUAAUGUGAUCCAUAAGGAUAUGCAGGGUGGAGCUGCAUCCGGCAUCGGUCUCACUGCUUUUGUUCUGGCAUCACUUCUUGAAAACAAUGAUCUUCAAGGAAGCAUUCACCAAAGAAUUAUACAAUCUGUGGCACUGGCAACACAUUACCUGGAGUCCCAAAUUGCAACGACGAAUGAUGACUACGUUCUUUCCCUUUGCAACUACGCCCUGACACUUGCCCAUAGUCCAGCUGUACGUGACAUCCAGACCAAACUUAAGAAUGAUGCAAUCGUUAGCGGAGGCACCAUCCACUGGCACAAGGACCAGGCAGCCUCCACUCAGAGCCACUGGCAACCCGCCCACUCACAGGCCAACCCUAUCGACAUUGAGAUGACUGCGUACAACCUGCUGGUGACGGCGGAGGCCAGCGAUAUGAGCGUGGGUCUUCAGAUUAUGAAGUGGAUCACGGCCCAGAGAAACUCUAAUGGAGGCUUCAGUUCAACACAGGAUACCGUUGUUGCUCUCCAAGCCUUGUCCAGAUUUGCUGCUAUGAUCUUCUCAGACACGUUUAACAUCCAAGCCACAGUAACAGCUGGAACCUUCACGCAUACAUUCAACAUCAACAAGCAAAAUGCUCUUGUCAUGCAGUCCGUUGUAUUGCCAUCGAUUCCAAGCCAGGUUUCUGUUAGCGCGACUGGUCACGGAAUGGCUCUGUUGGAUGUCGGACUCUCGUUCAACGUUGAACAAGAAAUUGAGACGCCCUCCUUCCAGAUCGAUGUCACCAUAGUUACUGAAACCAUAGAUAUGCUGUCAGUGAAAUCAUGCGUUAAAUGGUUGAAGGCCGGUACUAGUGGAAUGGCCAUCCAGGAGUUCGGCAUUCCAUCUGGGUUCGAAGCGGAUCUUGAAAGCAUUGAAAAAGUAGUAGAGAUAAAACGCGUGGAGUCUAAGGACAGAAAGCUCGUUUUGUACUUCAAUCAGAUUACUCCUACGCCCAUGUGCCUUACGCUGGAUAUUAUCCGAACUGGAAUGGUGGCCAAGUCGCAACCAGCUCCGAUCCGUGUAUACGACUACUAUCAGCCGAGUAACCAAGUGACGUCAUUCUACCAGUCGAAAAGUCUACAGAAUGUACAUGUCUGUGACAUUUGUGCCGAGUGUGGCUGUCAGGGCAACAUAGUCGCCAAUGGACGGUAGUAAGGGAAUAGAAGGAUCGUUCGAAGGAAGUCCGGAAACAAAUCCUUGACACAUUUGAUGAUUUUUUGUGAUUGUUAAAUCGUAAGCACUGUUGGUGUAUAAAGUGAACUGAUCUAUAUCCAGACAUAUUUGUAAUAAGAUGACAAUUAUUGUAUUUUAAACAACUA